AUAAAAUUGCAUUUAAAAAUUUUUAUUCUUUCAUAAAAAUCAACGUUUAAAUUCCACAAACGAAGCUCGAGUACUGCGCUUAAAUUUUAAUACAAAUCACCCCCGUGCGACUUUAAAAUAUUGGAAAGAUUGAAAGGCAAGUGGUUGUAGCAUUGUAUUUAUCAGUGCGUGUGGGUAGCUUGUUUGAGAAAUGGCAAUUUUGGUCAAAAGUGGAAUGAUCGCAGUACGUAACGGUUAAGAGAAGACAGCAGUUUAUGGCCCAGAAAAUGGAUUGUAACUCAUUUUCGUCGAGCGAUUUAAUGUGAAUUAGAGAGGUUAUAUGUGUUGAUUACAGUAUAGGUUAUGUUUCCAACUUUCAUUAGUAUUUUAGAUAUACAGUCAUGGUGGGAAGUACCGAGUAUAGCACAUUUUUGCUCAUUAUUUCGUACAGCCUUUAAUUUGUUAGACUUCGAUAUCGAGGACCUAGAAGAAGCUCUCCUAACAGACGGUACCGAAGAAACCUCGUGGCUUCAGGAACUUAUUGUUCGACUGUUAACAGGGUGUCUCCCCAACAAUGAAAUCUCUACGUUUAAUUAUCAGAUGUUUUUAAGGAGAUUGUUUCGGGAGAAAUGUAAAGAGCAUGAUCGGUAUAAUCCGUUUAAUACAGACAUAGAUUUUCAAUUGUUACCCUUACGAACAAAGGUGGAUAUUUUACACGCGUUGUGCGAUUUUCGGCUCGACGCGGAAGAUGUGCUCGAACAACUGAAAAAUCUCGAGGCAGACAGUUUAAGGGUCGAACCCCUGGGCUAUGACGAUAAUAAGUCUGCUUAUUGGUACUUUUACGGGACAAGACUGUAUAGGGAGGAUUUUAACGUAAAAAAUAAUAGGAAGGGGAAGUCCGUGUGGCAAGUUGUGUGUUUUACAGAGGAGGAUUGGUUUCAACUUGCCAAAAAGUUUAAGGAGUCUACGUCCAAAGCUGAAUGCCAGCUGUAUCACACACUUACAGAAAAUUUUCUUCCCGAGUUACCCAGACUUUUUUGUGAGAAAGAACAACUCGCAAGAAAACGGUUACUGGACAACCAACCAAGAAGGACAUCAAGUAGGCUUGAUACGAAACGGAAGCAGGAAACCGAACGUGCAGAAAAGGUGAAACUUGAAGCUGUGUUAGACAAGGAAAAAGAAGAACUAAAACGCAAAUUAGAAUCGGAAAAGCGACGGCAAGACGCGUACGAACGAAGAUCUCGUUUACGCGAACAGGACAACGAAAGUGACAAUUCAGAAGCUCGGUAUGAAAUGGCUGGAAAUAAAAAACCCGAGAAGAAAGAAAAGCAACGCCAUAAUUCGAGCAGUUCGAGCAGUAGUAAAGAUUGCGGUUCGAGUGUCACUCGAUCGUCUAGUCAAAGUUUGAAUCGGGCCAGUAAUGAAAUAUCCAGCAACGUUAAGUCGAGCACGGCUAGUGCGACUACUGUCGGUAGACAAACAAAUAAUUCUUUAGCUUCGGCAACGGGACAGAUUGUGAUACAACCGGUGUUAAAUACAAAUCGGAAGAAGUUGAAGACGUCAUUAGUAUUUCGUCAAACUGAUGAAGAUCUUCAAACAGGUAUGCAUAAAAUUUUAGAUUACGUGAAAAACCACGAGGACGCUUGGCCCUUUGUUGACGCCGUGGAGGAGGAAUAUGCACCCAAUUACUACUCGGUUAUUCGUAAGCCGAUGGAUCUUCAAAGAAUGGAGGACAGACUCGAUUCUGGAUACUACAAAACAUUUGCACGUUUUCGAGGAGACUUCCAACUGAUCAUCGACAACUGUCGCCUAUACAACGGGGUCGAUAACGAGUACACCGAGAUGGUCGGCAACUUACUCACAGUUUUUGAGAAGGCCACAGAACGCUAUCUUGAUCAAGUGACCUCCUCGGAUGACGAAAUAGCAGUCGAGUAUCCCGAUACCGACUUUGAUGAUAAAUUGGACAACAAACACAAAACUAUCAACGACGUGGCAACUAUACGUAAACCGACGUUAGCUGCGCAAACCGACAAAAAACGUCAGCCGUCGGUUUCGGACGAUUCUGUUAGUAGAUGUAGUAACUCGGUUGAUUUUUCCGAAGCUAAAAAUAAAAAGAAGGUUUCCAAGGUGAAAGAUGACGUCAAAUCAAAGAAAAGUACAAAACAGAGCCGGAAAAAGAAGAACACUAAAGGGAGGAGAAAAUCUUCAAGAUUAGUGCAGAGUCCUAUUAAGAGUCGAAGUAGAAGUAGGAGUUUGAGUAGUUUCAGUCAAGGUGAUUGGAGUGAUAGUCCGCCACCUUCAUUUCCUCCUUCUAGUCCGGAGAGUGUCUAUAAUCCAGUUGCGAGGAAAAGUAAAAGCUCCUAUUUAAGUGAAGAAGAAGCACAUGUGACGUCUAAAGGGAAAGAAAAACAAAAGGAUAAAUGGCGAGAUUCGAAAGUCAAGAUAGAAAAAAAGGUCGAUGUCAAAGAAUUGAAAAACAAAGAACGAUCGCAUUCCCCUCCAAAACAAAAGGAUAAGCAUAAUAAACUUCGUGAAACGAUUGAAAAGCUUAAAGCGAAGAGUGAAUUAUCGAAUAAAGUGAAGAGUAGCGACUACGAAGAUAGUGAUGAUAGAACGAAGGAAAACGAAAAGCGUCAUGAUAAUAAAAACAAGAAAUACGACGCUUUUAAAAAUAAAUUAAAAUCGAAAAGUAAAAAUGUGAAUUGCAGUCAGGAUGGUGACUACAGUUCCGGCGAAAGUGUCCAUUCAGACGUAAAAAAAUCGUUCAAAAAAGACAAGAAGCUUUACGGAACAAAAAAUGCGGCAAUCGAAGCCUUAACUUUAGCUACAGAACAAACACUUAAAGACAUAAAUAAGUGGCUCGAUGAUACUCCUCGACUAUCCGAAUUUAGUUCCGCCAGUAAUUCGCCAUCGCAUUACAUCGGCGCGGAGGAGUUUGAAAAUAUCGGCAGUAAAAUUGAUAACGAUUACCGCAAGAGGCUGGAAAAACCUGUACCGCGCAAGGAUGUUAUGGGCAAAGAGAUUAAGCGGCGCACGUUUCAUAGGGAUCCGACUAAAUUUUUGAAAAAGCGCGAAGUGCAAAGAACAAUCGACCGUUUGCAGCCGGGCAAAAGUAAAGGUAAUUUGUUGUCGAAUGUGCAGAACGCCGUAAAAGUGGAGGAUGUGUUUCCGUUGGGUCCGCUCUCGAAAAUUAAGGAUACGAAGAAUUCUUUAAUCGUGAAAACGGCGGAGAGUACCCCAAAGUUAAGUUUGGGGUCUGUUUUGGACAGUUUCGGCAAGCAUAAGUUUGUAGAUGAUGUUAAGAAAGAUGAUGAUCAUAAGGCGCCUGUAGUUAAAAAAGCGGAAUCGCCGAUUUGUGACACGGAAAAUCGCAAUGUUUCCCCAGCCGAAAGCAAAGCUGAGAAGAAAGAAGUGAAAACGGAUAUUGCGGAAAUAACGCCGGGGAAAGCGACGCCAAAUUUAAGCGCCUGGUUCAAAGCUUUUGGGGCGCCAAAAGUUCCGCUAAUCCAGAAGAAAGUUGAACAAAAAACUGAAGGCAAAGAAAGCGAAAAAGUUGAUGAUGGUAAGGACAAAGUGAAGGAGGAGGCUCGUAAAGUUUCACUUCCUGAGGUUUCGCCGAGCACGGACAGUCCGGCUACCCCUCAGGGACAGCCGACAUCACGGCAACGGAAAAUGAGUACUGGUAGUACAGUUUCGGAACGAUCUUCCUUUAGUCAGGACAUGGAUUCGCCUAGGAUUGGCAUAGACGAACGAUUGGGUGCUUAUCCUGCUCCAUAUCCGUCACCUUUACAUCGAUCUCCAUCGGGAGCAUCCCCGGUGAUGGCGUCUCCAAGACCCGACGUGUCUCCAAAGUCUACAUAUCCUACAGUGAACGGCCAAAUUAGGGUUGGCUUUUAUCAAGAUACUGUGUCGAAUAAAAGCAGCCCGGAAAAAACUGGGAGCCCACAAUCUCCUUAUGUCCAGUACUCUGAGCACGUGUACACCCCUGCGAGUACUGAGAGCACCACAUAUUCCUACGGUAACCCUUACUAUUCACAGCUGUCAAAUUAUAGUACCUCGACCACCCCUGCAUAUAAUGCAGACCAGUCGAGACCUCCAUUUUACGAUACCAGUAAACCGUUAACCGACCAAUAUCAAGCUAAGGUAACCCCCAACUAUUCCAACUACCAAAACGUGAAUGCGCCAGGAUAUCCCACUACAAACUACCCGGUUUGCUCCACCUCAAGUUCUCCCCAAGAAUCUGCUUCUAACUGUGAACCGUAUCAGCAGCAGCAGUCGAGGCUUCCAGAAAAACAAACUCCAACGUUCCCCGUCAAAAAGCGCGUGUACAACGAAACGGACGCACCCUCUCAACCGAAUUCUACCUUGGAACCAGAAACGUACGACAGAAACUACGAAAUAAACUUAAUCUCCAGUCGUCAGUUGAAUCAGCAGCAUCAAGUGAGACCUAGUAGCAGAAACACGCCCCAGCAGUACGUUCAUCAAAACAUCCCCAAUCCGCGUUCGCUCAGUGCUCAAAAUCAACCGGCUUCCAAUGACUCGGAAACGAUGCGGAACACGAAUACUUUCCCAGCGGCAACAAAUUUAUACAGUUACGGCGGUGACCCAUUGUAUCCUAGUAAUUCCAGUGAAGGUCCAUUGGAUCUGAACGCUCGACCAGAUGGCGCCGAUAAGAAACUGUACGCCAACAUGGCGUAUAUGGGAAGCGGUGACAUCGGUUUUAACAAGACGACAGCGCAGUAUGGUUACGUCCGACCUCCAAAGGCAAGUGAGCCACAGCCGAGCGUGCAGGAGGCCGACGAUAUGAUGAUGCGUUACGCCGAAGCAACCGACUAUAGAAGCGCAGAUAUUAACAUAAGUCAGGCCUCUAAGACAUUGCUGGCUCAGCCGGAAAUGUCGAUUCCGAGACCCAGCUACACGGCGCCCUCGGUGUCGCAUAUUGUCGACCGAUUUCCGAGCGAAAACAUGUAUUACGCCGACAAAACGCUCGCAGCUUCUCACAUGUACAAUAAACCGAUAGUGACGAACUCUUCGAGUUUGCCAAUAUUCAGUCAACCUUACGGUCACGAUAUACAAACGUCGGCGGGCGGGUACAAUAGGCAACUGACUGAGCUACAAACUGCCAAGCCGUUCUUACAGCAGACACCACAGGCGCAGAGCUCUCAGCAGCUCGCCGAUAAGAAAUCGAAACGUCGUAAAAACGCGAAAAAUACCCCGCCUGUCGAUGCAACGCAGAGUGCCGGUUCAAAUCAGGGCUUCCAGUCGUAUUCAGGUUUGAAGAAUACGGGUAGUAUUGAGCCAAGUGCGAUAUCAUUAAAGACGGCCAGUGUAGUUCCCGGUAGUGCUUUUAAUUUCGGCCCGGCGCCGACCGGUCUCGGUUUAAGUUCCGGAUUAUACGGUGACAAAGAUACAUAUCCGAACUUUUUGGAAGAUUACAGGGCGGCGCCGAAUUAUUAUAUGGCGGCCGCCGCGGCGGCAGCCCAUCAUAGGUCGGAAACAACGGACAAACAAGUUCGAACUGCCCACCAAACGAGUGCGUCGACAACCGGUAGUUACCCGUUUAUCGGCGCGCCACAACCUAGGCCGCCGAGUUAUCCGUUUAUGUCUCCACAUCAAGGCUCACCGUUAAUGGACGCCGGUUCGCCAUUAUAUCAGCAGUAUUUACAGGCGGGCGUGCUUCAUCAGGGCCUCUUGGGACCGCCUGGCGCGUACCCGCCCGGUUAUCACCCGGCCUUAAGCAUGAGGCAACCGUUUGACUCCAUGACACGACCUUGGCUAUAACUACUUUUAUCACGAAGGUUAGGUUGUAAUGUUGAUUUAUAGGGUUAGUGCAUUUGCCAAAGACAUUUUUAGUUUAUACUGUAUAUAGAACCAUGUACAUUGUACAUAAUAAGCAUUUUAUACUACCUACUACUUACGCUAGUUAAAUUUCAUAGUGUAAGUAAAACUCGGUUUUUAAAUGUUCAGUUAGUAACAUCUUUAUUUUUAACCUUUUGUGAUUUCCAGAGGGCGGCAAACCGGUUGGGUCUUAUCAUCUUUGAGAUGUAGAUUCAUAGUUGCAUACAAAUAAGUCGGCCAAAGUUUCUUGCAAAAGAGCACCCUCUCAUUUGCUGACAUUUUCUCUGGUCGUUUUUCGAAUUCAGACUGGCUCAAAUAUUUUUAAAAACGUUGAGUGUUGAGAAUGCAUGUUACGAAAGAUUUAUUUGAUAACACGCCCAUUCAAAUACUGUUAUAUUUUGAUAUAUUAAUGUCAAAAACUGCUUUUGUUUUAAAAAUGUAACAUGUUUAAUAACAAAAAAGUUAUGAGUCAACUGAAUUAGGAAAGCGCCACCUGGCGAACAACAGGCGACUCUCUUUUAGUAUCUACUUUGACCAACUGUGUACUUGAAUGCACAAGCGAGCCGCCCUACAUAUUUUUAACUUCCGUAUAUGUAGAAUUAGAAAAUACAUUUUAUUUUGUUUUAACGUAUUACUAGUUCAGAUAUUUACACAAUGUUUUAACUGUAUAAAAAUAAGCACGCAAUAGCGAGUUAUCUUACUUAUUAAAUUAUUUUUCUAUAGACUAGCAAUUAUAAUUUAGUUUUGUAAUUUUUCUGUGAUAUAUAUAAAUUUUAACGAUUUAUAAAUGAA